AUACGAAACAUGAUGCUGCUGCAUGACCUGCCCCACUACUAUAGACAAAUUGGGGGAACUGAAAUACUAUCAAGAACCUUUGAGUCCAAUGAGGUACUAACUCCACUUCAAAUUCCUUCUCGUCCAACUGUCUCACAAGAUAGAUAUAAAGAGUUCAGGGAAUCCUUUCCUUGCUGCAAGCUUCCCUGGGAAGCAGAAGGGGAGCAUGGAGGAAUUGCACUACCUGUAUUGCCAGAAGACCACAGGGCAAAGAACAAGUCUCCAUGUGCAUUUAUUAAAGGACAUCAACAUUAUGGUAGUGAUGUAGACCCUUGGCCAAGAGGCCUUCCCACUGAGCGGCGCUGUGAUGUCACCCAGCUGAAAAAAAGUGAUAUCCGUAUGAAUGAUGAACUGCUUCAUAAACCACCAGACAGUUUGGCUAAACCACUGUGCCUGCCAUUUCCCAUCUCUCAUCCCUACCAGACACACACCCCUAGGGACGCCAUGUUCCCAAACUUCAGAUCACCUGAGGAUAGAGACACUGGGAUUGAUGCAAGCAGUUAUCAGCCUUUUCAUCCCAAUAUCCCUACCAAGGCUUUUGAUGUGGUUGUUUUGGGAAAGACCAGAGGUAAUCCAUAUAGGCGUGAAGUUGUCAGCAUUCCCUCUGACUCCCAGAAGAAGGCUGUGCACUGGCCAGGACAGCGCACAUACUUCCAACUUCCUAAGACUGCUGAACAAAAGGGUCAAAUAUACUAUCCAAAUCCACCAAAAAUAGUGGCCCCUAACUCCACUUUUCAAGGGGUAGAAUAUAACCUGUCUCCAAGAACAACCAAUAUGCUACGAAACACUGAAAGGGCUCUGGGGAUCACAACAUACACUCGGGACUUCACAGGAAGAGGUCCUAUGAAUCCUCUUAUCCUGGAUAACUAUUACAUGAAAGCAGUUGGCAGAUUAACUGGAGAACUAGGUGAAGACGUGGAACUAAAAGAAACAUUUCUGCCUAGUCUCUCACAAGUGAGACCUCUCGAAGGGCGCACUGCACGUUUGCUUCAAGGUCGACGUCCCCAUGAAUCAAUUCUGCAAGAACAGCACUCCUCCAGUGUUCAGAUGCCUCCACCUUCAGGCAGACUUUCAGGAAGGCCUGAACUUGAAUCCCUUCCAAAAUCUGCAUCAUGUCACUCUGCAUGGAGACCAGAGGACAGGCCAAGAGAGACAGAACUGCCUGAAUGGAUCCCUAGCUGUGAGGUUCCUCGGUGCCAGACAGCCCUGCUGGAGCUGCAGCAUUCCUUCUCUAAGACAGCUGCACAAAAAUGUUUUCAUGAUACCAUAAGAGGAGAGACAAAAGACCUCAGAGAUAACAUUACUGAGGGAAUGAGACACAAAUUUUAUGGUUUCAAUGCUUUUUAUUUCUUUAACUGA